AUUUUUAAAUAUACCUUCUGAUGCGGAUCGUAUCAGCUGCUCAGUCGCGAGUCGUUCUUCUCUGACAGCGUUGGUGCAUUACAUUGGAAAGUUCUAGCAUUUGAGGAAACCCUUAUUCUUGUAUACAUUCAGCGACACCAUGGGUGCUAUACAAAAUUUCCUUGUCUAUAGUAUAACUGUCGUAUCUGUUCUUGCAGGCGACGAUGAUCUGCGUGACGGAGACAGUCGCCUAAAAUUUGCCAUCGGAUCAUCUUCGUCGUACGAGGAAAGUCGAAAGAAAGAUUACGACGAAGGGGUCAAUAACUCAUCCCACGAGAGGGAUGAUGAUGAUGACGAGAAUGAGAGCGGAGUGAUACUCCUCGCAGCAGUCGUUGCUAUCAGUGUGGUGGCACUCGUACUGUUCGGUGUGGUUCUGUGGUUUUGCGCUAAGAGACGCAGACAGAGGCGGCAGCAAACCAUGGAUACCGAGAUUAAUAAGAAACAGAAAAACAGAAGGUAA